AUGGCUGUUACCCGUAUACAACUGAGAAACAUUCUCAUUAUACUAUUUGUCUUUUGUGGACUUGCAUUAUGGAUAAUAAAUCCUACUUACAUCAGCAUCAUACCCUUACCCCAUUCAGAGAAAGCGCCUCCAGAAGCUGCAACCCCUCCUGUAGCACCAGGUACACCAGGAGCGCCCGGUGCCAACCUGAUUAAACCGAUAACUACACCAAAUCAAAAUGUCCCAGACGUCAAGACUGAGGAUGACGAUGGUUUGGCUGCUCUCAUAGCGGCCUUAGAACCUUGCACAGUAAUCAACCCAAUCAACCGUGGAUUUAUAGAUCUUACUUCUCUUUCUGCACUUGGUAACGAUGGAAAAUCGUUGGGAUGGACCGCCAAGGGAUACGAUUCUGGUCUUAAUUUCACUGUGGGGGUCUGUUCUACUCCAUUUAAGCAGCAUCACUUGGCUGAGGAAGUUCUUGAUAUUGCCAACAGUUCGGCGGUAGGAGCUUUCUACACUGACCCCAAGUCUCAGAAAUUCGUUUCCAUAGGAGAAUACGCCCAAGAACCAGUAUUCAGAGGUAAAAAGCUCACUCUCACCUACACAGGCGGGUCGUUCUGCCCUGGACUCGUAGAUACCAAGACUGGAGAAAAGGUGAGAAGAUCAUCGGUGUUGACAUUUACUUGUGAUAGAGAGAUGUUAGCUAAGGCUUCUGUAUCAUUUAUUGGAUCAUUAAAUGACUGUAGUUACUUUUUCGAGGUUAGAUCUCAUCAUGCCUGUCCAACUGCUGCGAAGGCCGAUAACUUGGCGGUUAUUUGGAUCUUCUUGAUUAUACUUUUGGCUGCAUUAGCAGUAUAUGGUAGUGGGGGACUUUUGUAUAAACACAUCAAGAAGCAAAAAAAUCAAGAAAAGAGCUAG